UUUUUUUGUUGUUGUUCCUUCUGUAUUAUAUAUCUCCUUUACACGUAUUUAUGGAUCAACAAAGUACAGAAACGACGGUGAACUAUACAAGUAAAAGCGAAACCUCUCAUUUCGAAACACGGGUACAUGACAAUCCGAAUGAACAUGACGAUCACAAAUCAGCAUCUACCAUUGUCUUGGAAUCUUCAAAAAUGACUUUUCUCUCCAAAGUAAAGAUUAUAUUUCUUUAUAUUGGGCUCUUUAUGAGUAUGUUGAUAGUUUCACUCAAUACUACUGUUGUAGCUCCUGCUAUGGGUAUUAUUGCUACUGAUCUUCAUGCCUUGGAUCAACAAACUUGGAUUGCUACUGCUUAUUUAUUGAUCUUCAAUGCUGUCCAACCUAUUUCUGGGAAAAUGUCUGAUAUUUUUGGAAGAAAACCUGUUAUUACCUUUGGAGUUCUGAUGUUUUUCAUUGGCGCUUUGAUCAAUUCACUUGCACAACAAAUGCGUAUAUUGAUAGCUGGUCGUGUAGUUCAAGGUCUUGGAGCUGGCUUUAUUAUGUCUAUGGCAUUUAUCAUCAUCACUGAUCUUGCUCCUCCUCAUCUUCGCCCACGCUUUCAGUCACUAUUAACAGCUGUUUAUGGUAUCUCUUCUGGAGUAGGAGUCUUGAUAGGUGGUGCAUUUGUAGAUCAUCUAUCAUGGCAUUGGGAUUUUUGGUUGAAUGUCAUUCUUUCUGGGGUAGCUUUCGUGCUCAUUGUUUUGUUAUUGAAUGAACCAGUCAAACUUGAAAAAUCAUCCUUUACCGAAAAACUAAAACGUAUCGAUUGGUAUGGUGCCAUAUGUUCGCUUGGAUUUGUAUGUUGUCUUUUGAUGGCACUCAAUUGGGGUCCAUCCUAUGGUUGGAGUGAUCAACAUACAAUUGCUGCUUUUGUUGCUGCUGCAGUUGCUUUGAUUGCAUUGGUGGUUGUUGAAGGAUGGAUAGCCAAAGAACCGCUAAUGCCUGCUCGCAUCCUCAAGAAUCCAUCUGUUGCUAUCUUAUAUUUGUAUAUGAUAUGUCUUGGUUUAUGCUUUAUUGCUACCUUGUAUUUUGCCCCUGUCUAUUAUCAAUCAGUCUUUGGUGCUGAAAGCAUGUCAUCUGGUAUUCGCCUGCUUCCUUAUAUGGGUUGUUUGAUAGUUGCUUCUGUGGGUAGUAGUUUUGUCUUGACUUACUUUCCAUACAUCAAAGCUUAUGUUGUGUUUGGUGCUGCCAUUAACGUCCUUGGUUUUGGUCUCUUUUAUACUGUGAAUGAACACAGCAAUUGGGGUCAACAGGCUGGGUAUAUGACUUUUUGUGGCUUUUGUUUUGGUAUUUCUCAAUCAAACGUUAUAUUGGCAGUGCAAUUAUCAUCGGAAAAAAGGGACAUGGCAGUUGCUACAUCAUUGAACAACUUUUUCCUUAUUCUGUCAUCUUCUGUUAGUGUUGCUAUAUACCAAGCAUUAUUCCAACUAUUCUUAACAGCUCAGUUAUCGACGGUAGAUCCAUCUGUCCUGGCGGUUGCUGGGAAGUACAAUGCAUUGAAGAAUUACCUAUAUAUCAGAAACAUGCCUACCGAUAUCCAGCAGCCUAUCAUCCAUGCUUACAACGAAGCCUUACACAAUGUUUUCAUUAUUCCUCUGGUAGCUAGUGGACUGGCUUUUAUUUGCAUUCUCUUCAUGAAGAAUAUCAGGUUCCAACCUAGACCCGUUGCCCCUCCUGCGACUUUAUCUAUGCAUCAUCAAGAUGAAAAGAGUGGAUUGGAUGAAGAAAAACAACCUGCUUAGUAUUCCCCUCUUUCUCCCCCCGCCUUUUUUUUUAUUCGUUCAGAAUAGCAAUUUUACUACGUAGGAUUUGGUUCACUUUUUUUUUUUUUUUUUUUUUU